AUUUCAGAAAGUGUUUGACAGUUUGCCGUAGUGGUUGUGCGCAAAAAGUUUGUCAGAUUAGCAUUUUAACUUGUUAUAAAUUAUUUUAAAGAUAUAUUAAAAAAAAACCAAAUACAAAAUGAGAGAAAUUGUACACAUUCAAGCCGGUCAAUGCGGAAACCAAAUUGGAGCCAAGUUCUGGGAAAUUAUCUCUGAUGAACAUGGUAUCGAUGCUACCGGUGCCUAUCAUGGCGACAGCGAUUUACAAUUGGAACGCAUUAAUGUGUAUUACAAUGAGGCAUCUGGUGGCAAAUAUGUACCUCGUGCCGUUUUGGUCGAUUUAGAACCCGGUACCAUGGAUUCAGUGCGUUCCGGUCCUUUCGGUCAAAUCUUCCGCCCAGACAACUUUGUUUUCGGACAAUCUGGUGCCGGUAACAACUGGGCCAAGGGUCAUUACACAGAAGGCGCAGAGUUGGUCGACUCUGUGUUGGAUGUUGUACGCAAAGAAGCCGAAUCCUGCGAUUGUCUGCAAGGUUUCCAAUUGACUCACUCGUUGGGUGGUGGUACCGGCUCCGGUAUGGGUACUUUGCUCAUCUCAAAGAUCCGCGAAGAAUACCCCGACAGAAUCAUGAACACAUACUCCGUUGUACCUUCCCCCAAAGUAUCAGACACAGUUGUAGAACCCUACAAUGCCACCCUCUCAGUCCAUCAGUUGGUUGAAAACACAGAUGAAACCUACUGUAUCGACAACGAAGCCUUGUACGACAUUUGCUUCCGCACCUUGAAACUAACCACACCCACAUACGGUGACUUGAACCAUUUGGUCUCGUUGACCAUGUCUGGUGUAACCACAUGUCUGCGUUUCCCCGGUCAAUUGAAUGCUGAUCUCCGUAAAUUGGCCGUCAACAUGGUUCCCUUCCCCCGUCUUCACUUUUUCAUGCCUGGUUUUGCUCCUCUUACAUCCAGAGGCUCCCAACAAUACCGUGCUCUUACUGUUCCUGAGCUUACUCAGCAAAUGUUUGAUGCCAAGAACAUGAUGGCUGCUUGUGAUCCUCGUCAUGGUCGCUACUUGACCGUAGCCGCCAUCUUCCGUGGACGCAUGUCCAUGAAGGAAGUCGACGAACAGAUGCUUAACAUCCAGAACAAGAACAGCUCAUACUUUGUUGAAUGGAUCCCCAAUAACGUAAAGACAGCUGUUUGCGACAUCCCACCCAGAGGCUUGAAAAUGUCUGCCACCUUCAUCGGUAACUCCACCGCCAUCCAGGAACUCUUCAAACGUAUCUCCGAACAAUUCACUGCUAUGUUCCGCAGAAAAGCUUUCUUGCAUUGGUACACUGGUGAGGGUAUGGAUGAAAUGGAAUUCACAGAAGCCGAGAGCAACAUGAACGAUUUGGUCUCUGAAUACCAACAAUACCAAGAAGCCACCGCCGAUGAAGAUGCCGAAUUUGAAGAAGAACAAGAGGCUGAAGUCGAAGAAAACUAAACUAUGUAUUUAAAAGUAACAUCGUAAAAAAACAAAACAGAAUUCCCCAAGCAAAAUCUAAAACAAAUUUCGAAAAAAUAACAAAAUAAAAAAAGAAAUGUUCUAAUUUAACAUUUAACAUAA